CAAAAUCGUCAUUCUGCUGAAAGAAGUGCUUUGUCGUUAAGUAAAAAAAUAAGCAGUCAGAUAAAACAAUAAACAAAAUAGAAGCUUUUAGCUCUCAUUUACAAAUUAUCUGCUUUGCCUGAUCUUCACAUCACUGGACUAGCUGAUUCUAAAAUGAUGACCAGAACACAAUUUUCAAAAAUCUGGUUACUUUGCACCGCAACGGCAUUCCUCUCGGUAUCCGCACUUCAAAAAAUCUACCCCUUUUCUGCGACUCCAGCGAAGACAACUCGAGUCCUAUCCACCGAUUGGACGUACACGUUGGAAGACGCCAAAAACAAUUCCUGUAUCAUGAUUGAGACCGCAAUAUUUUUAGACAUUCCCUACAUGGAUAAACAUGGAGAGAUAAAUCUCGCCUCCUUCAGGGUCCCCACAAUCCUAAACAUUUCGGGUAGUUGCUUAGCCGGUUUUAUAAAUUUGACUUGGAAUAGUCCCACAGUUUGGAAAGAAAACUCGUUGGAGCUCUGGUUUGGGCGAAACUCGACGCAUUUCUAUCUUUGGAGAAUUACGGCAAAAGUUUUUCAGGAUUCAAAGCAUUUUACGAGUUUGACAGAUUUUCCACACUAUGAAAAUUUUAGCGGCGACUAUCUCUCUGAUUACUAUAUGCAAUUUGCAACACCGAUCGGUCAUUCUUUUACUUGCAAUGGGGUCGUCGUGUUCAAUGGGCUUAACCGCUGGGAAAGUGUAAGCUUUAAUGGUCCACGAUUUGAAGCAUUCCGAGAAGGCUUGCCCGGGCGGAGGGAGUUCAGUCCAGGUUUGGAAUGUGGACGCAAAAUUCCUCCACUUUCUUCUUUACUUGGUGCAUGGCCCAUCGUUGGCAUAGUGAUUGGAGCAAUAGCGUUAAUCAGUGUUCUUGCGUAUUUUAUUUGGCGUCGAUAUACAUAUAAAGCCUUGUGAAAACGUUUCUCGCCACUUUGUGUUGAAAAAAAUCGAAAGCUUUGAUUUCCAAAAUGCGUAUGUAUUUUACAUUCAACUAGCCAUUCUUUUUCAGGCAUGCCUUAGUAUUUAGGUUUUCCACUAUCCAGGCAGUCAUUCCCUCAUCUAUUUAGUUGAAACUCUGGGGUUAAAUUUAACACCGCAAAUUUAUUUAAAUGUCCGCCUACGCAGCAACUUAUUUAAUGAAAUCUCUUAUUCACACUUUAAAAAAUAAUGUAGGCUUUUUCUGCAAGAAAUUCAUUCUCCGUUAUAUAUUUCGUAAACUACAACCAACCCAACUUGAUAAAGAGCAGAGCUUACUCUGAAUAUAGUAUAAUUCACUGUGUGAACUUAUGUACGUUUCAAAAUUAUGUAUGUAUAUCGUUUAAAGGUUACCUCUAACUGAAUAAAUUACAUUAUACAGUAUUUCAUACUGCUUUGGUAAAGUC